AUGGAUGUUGUGUACCUGAAGUACUUUAGAGACCUCGAUCUUGUUUCUGGUUUUUCAUGGGGAGCUAUGACACUAGCUCACUUGUAUAAGGAGCUCAACAAUGCUGCACGUUGGAAUUGCAGUCAGGUGGCAGGAUACCUGACUUUGUUGCAGGCUUGGGUGUUUCAUCACUUCCCAGGUAUGGGAAGCAAGGAUGUCUGGGAAAAGUAUGUAGAAAAUCAAUAUCCACGCGCGAUGCUUUUUUUACCAUUGUCUGGUUUAGGCACAAUGGACCACUACAUAAACUAUCUCGAUGCGCUAGAUUUGACGAGGGUUGUCAUGGCCCCAUAUGGAGAGCACCGUCAAGCACAUCAGUUUGAGCGGGUCAGCCUUUACUCUGAAUGGCUGAGAUUCGGAGAGCACAUGGUGAGAUAUUUGCCGGAGAGGGUGCUUCGUCAGUUUGGGUGGGUUCAGACCAUACCAAGACAUCCGGUUGAGAGUGCAGCUGUUGAUGUUAAUUUGGCGGAGAUCACAAAUCGCUUUCGCCAUGCACUUGAUUAUGCGUUGACACCUCAGCAGUUGGGAGAGCCUGCAGUUCAUGGUGUGGAGGCAAAAGAUGGAUAUAUCGAAUGGUUUUAUUGA